AUUGUGGUUAAAAAGUGCCUCAAAAUGCUGUCCAACAUAGUUCUCAUCAACAUCUUCCUUUGCUGCCCGUUUUUCUUAACUGUUGAGCAGGGUGAAGCAGUUGCGGUUACGGACACAAGUCCGUCCGAGUACCCAUACGUGGUUAGAAUUAGCGUUUUUCUGCCAGGCGCCCCGAUCGACGUCACAAUUCCUGGACUGGUGGUCAGCAGCAAAUUCGUGCUGCUCUUUCAACGGACGACCGAUUUAAGCGCUUUCAAAUCAUCAAAUACUGACCAGUUUGGUGUGAUUCGAUCCCCUGCCAAAAUCGAAUCAAUCUUAGACGACCAGUUUAUACAUUUCAAAUUUUGCAACAAAUUUCGUGAAGCCAAAUAUCCGCUCCGCGAAAGUGAUUUUCCCAACCUGACAGACGCCAUCAGUGAUGCUCACCUACUUUUUUUCAAUAUAACAUCGACGGUCCUGAGAAAGGUGACUGUCCCUGUGAUGAGCAAAACCGACUGCGCAAUUGCUACGAACUCGGACGUUGCAUAA